UCUCACUUCCUCCGGCCCUCCCCUGUUCUUCUCGCGGCCCUUUGCUGCCCCUGUCUCGUCGUCCCUCUGCAGCCGUAUUUUAAACUCCCAGCAGUGAACCACCAUCGGUCAGGAUGGACUCCAGACCCCCCAACCUGCUGCUGCUUCUCACCGGCCUCCUGCACCUGUCCCCGUUGGCCAGAGGACAGGGAUCGUACAUUAUAGAUGGCGUCGGCCUCACAGUCCUACCCAGCAACACAGUUGAGAGCGGGACACCAGUGACCAUCCACUGCAGGGUCAGCGUCAGUAGCGAAAACCUCCCGAACCUGACGCACACUUUCCAGCUCAAACAGGACGACGUUCCCAUCCACACCACUAUCACCACAGAAAACAAAGUCGAGUACAAACUCAACCCGGCCAGGGCCGCCGACUCUGGAAGUUAUGAAUGUCUGGUCACGGUUAAAGACAAGAGCAAAAGAAGUUUCAUCCAAAAGCUCGACGUCACAGGCCUGCAGACCCCCGUCCUGUAUCUGAGUAAGAGGACCUUGUACAAGGGUGAUGACUUCAAAGCCACCUGCAGUGCUCCGGAUGAGAAAGGGUCCCUCAUAUUCAGUUUUUUCCAGAGAUUUGGAAACGAAGAGCCUCAGAAGAUGAAGCAGGUCGCAGCCACAGGUAACACAUCAGAGACCACGCUUGUCCUGAGACACGUCGGAGACUACUUCCUGUACUGCAACUAUGAGAUCAAUUUGGUUUCUGGGACCAGACACUCCAACCACAGCACUGAGAUUCAAGUGAUAGUCACAGAACUUCAAAUUUCCCCGAUCAUGAACGUGCUGCCAUCUCCUACCGUCUAUGAGGGUGACGUCAUAGAGGUCGUCUGCAAAGUGGUGAAUUCACUGCAAGACGUUAACGUGUUCCUGACGAGGGACCGGAGGAUCCUCAAGGAAGCCCUGGUCAGCCUCAAUCACCGUUUCACAGCGCAAGACGGCGACUCAGGGGAGCUUGUGUGUAAGGCAGAGUGGGGCAAUGUGCAGAAAGAAACCUAUCAACAAAUCAUAGUCAAAGAGCUGUUUUCAAAGCCACGCCUGACUAUGGAGCCUCUUGACAUAUUUGAGGGUGACCGCAUCAAACUGACCUGCUCUGUCACUGUUUACGUUCCUGAGCGGAUCAACCACAAAACCAUGGCGUUCACCAUCUACAAAGAUAACGUCGAGGUCAUCCGCUCAGAGACGUACACCACUGUGGCAGACGCGAGUAGAAAUGGCAACUACACCUGUAAAGCCCGGAGUUCUUAUCUUGCAGAACAUUUUGAAAAAGAGAGCCCAGCGCUUGUUGUUAAAGCAAAAGUUCUUCCUUCAAAGCCCGUGCUAAGCGUGGUGGGGGGUACGCUUGUAUUGGGAAAGCGCUUCCAGCUGCUCUGUCACAGUGACAUUGGCACUCUGCCCAUCAAGUACACCCUACAUGGCCUUCGAAAGGUAAUUGGAGAGAGGUGGGUGAGCAAACCGGGAGAACAAGCCCUCUUUAACCCACCAAUCAUCUUUAAGAGCUUGGAGUUAAACAACUUUAUAUGCCACGCAAGGAACAGUCAGAACCAUCCUCCCAUGGUGGGAUCAGUGCAGCAGCUAUUCGAUUCAACCAACGUCAUAGAGCCUGUGACAAUACCACAGUUUUCAAUAGACCCCAGCAUGGGGGACGUCUCGGAGGGGCAGGACUUGACCCUCACCUGCUCUGUCCAGAGUGGAAGUCCUCCCAUAACGUUCACCUGGUAUCACGCCGAGACAGCGGGCGCUCUUGCUUCAGAGAACUCAAACAAACGUGAGGAAUCGUACUUCAUACGCAAUGUCAUGCGAGAGCACAAAGGGGAUUACUACUGUGAGAUCACCAACCCAGCUAACGAAACCAAGCGGAGUUCCACUGUCAGCAUUAAAGUGAAGUUGGCCCACUGGAAGAAAGGUCUGAUUGCAGGCCUCUGCAUUCUGCUCGUACUGGCCUUGGUCCUCGUUGUCGCCCUUAAAACACGUCUCCUUGUAUGUGGGAGGAAGAGAACAGGCGAUCUGUCAGUGAAGUCAGCCGGCACCAAAGUAGAGCGGCUGAGUCUCACCCAGGCGGAGGUCAACGAGGCUGCAAAUGUUACACCGGGAAUUAUGGGGAAAAGUGUUUGGAGUGAACAUGUAUCAGGCUCUGAGUCCGAUGACCAGAUUAGUGAGCCUGCUACCGCACCUCAAUACACAGAAGUGAAUAUCGGCGAGGCAGAUCCUAAUAGAGCUCCGGUGAAGAAGGGCACGGACACGGUGUACAGCGAAGUGAGGAACUCCAUGCAAGGUGUCCCGGAUCAGACUGAUGGUCAGGGGUCAGUAGAAUAUGCGGAUCUGAAUCAUGAUACAGAUCGCCACCGUGACCAAGAUGUCCAGCAUGACCACGUGGACGGACCUGUCCAGCAAGACCACGUGGACGGACCUGUCCAGCAAGACCACGUGGACGGACCUGUUCAGCAUGACCACGUGGACGUACCUGUCAGUGUCGACGCCAACAUUGCUGACCAAGGAGAAUGAGACUGAAAACUGGGCAACAAGGAUAUUUAUUCCCUUAUUUAUCCAGCUGGAGUAAAUUGUUCUGAAACAACACUAAGAAACGACGUGUAGUUACACAAUGUACUUUAGUAAAGCUUUGCAAAGAAACACUCCACCCUGUAAAUUCACCUGCUUUGCUCUGGAGGGCAAAUAAAAUGUUUUUGUAAA